AUGGCCGAUUAUUCCUGGCAACCUCAGCCUCCCUCAACUGGCUCUCAAUGGCUUCCAGACGAUGCUUCAUAUAGCCAGUCCACCAUGCAAGAUCUAACUUAUGCUUUCCCUCGACCGAGGCACACUCGCGUCAUGAAGCCUCGUAGUGCAGGCAACAGCCCUUCCACAGCAACCAGGAGACGAUCAACAGUGAAUCAAAAUGUGAUGCAUGGCCUGCCCACUCAAUAUCAGUCAUCCCUGGAAGAAGCCCUUCUCGCCUCAGCCGCCCGGAACUCACGUCCGAUGAGCUGGCAUCCUUCAUCGGCAAGAACUCGCGGUCUUUCCAACCCGUACAUCUCAGAUUUCCCUUCGGAUAGCUAUGCCGGUAUGGGAGCCCUGCCGGAUGAGUACCUCAACUCAGCCGUCUACGGCGGUGAAAACAUCAUGUCAUAUCCCAUGGCCGACCCUUCAUUCUCCCCCGACUACUUCCCUGUCUACCCAACCAUGCAGGAGGAUUACCCACUUCCACAGCAUACGCCGGCACUCAUGACCGGCUCACAGAUCGACCCGACAAUCGGAUGGGAUGUCGCCACCAUGUCCGAUAUGUCAACGAUGCCACAUCUAGGCUCCGAUAACUGGAACCUGGACAUGCUAUCAAUGGGCACCAACAUCCCCCCGCCAGAGACAACAUGCCCAAGCUACGUCAGCGUUCCUUCCCCAGGUGAACUGAGUGGCCCAUCAACACCGGACUUUCUCCCCAUGCACCAAUUCGACAAUCCCUUCCAGAUCACCGACGAGCCCAAGAAGACCGGAAAGAACGAAGAAGAACUAGUCGGCAUGGGCCUCUACAGCCAGCCCAACGGGACACUGGCACGAGCCCCGCAGAGCAAAUCAGGCGAGGGCCUCAAGCUCGAAGAAACAUUCACCCCAUCCGACGAAGACAAGGAUAGCGAGACGGACGCAGAGGUCGAGAUCAUUGGACACCGCGAAUUGCCACAGCAACCGCCCGCCUACCAUGAAUACGCGUCUACCAUUCGCCAGUCGAACUUUCCUUCCAAGCAGCCCAGACAAGCUCUGAACCUGCUCCAGCGGUCGUUCUUCUUCGACCACGAUAAUACGGAUCAACAGUCGAUGACUGCUGUGCAGCCUUUUGUUGGUUUUAAUCAGCCCUGCAUGAAUUACGGGUACGGGUGGAUCUAA